AUGGGCAGGCUGGCAUUCGCCCCGCAGCGCUCUCUCUUGGGACUCGGCGCCUCUCGACCUUUCACCGGAUUACCAACCUCGUAUGCGUUAGCUCGACCAUACCGCUCCAUAACCUCAACCCCCAACUCCGCCACCCAACGCCCCUCCACCACCGUCAAGCGGACGCAAGUCGUCCAAAAGCCCAGCUCCGACUCUGCAGUGGCAACACCGGGCCUGGGCGAGAAAGCAAAAGAGUUCUUUGAAAAGUCCAAAGCGAUGAUGAAGCAGAUCAUCGCGGGCGGGAAGAUCUUCAUGGCGGAGACGAAGGAGUGCAAGGAGUUGAAGAGGAGGAAUACGGUGGAGGGGUAUGAGUGGACUAGGAAGGAGUAUUUCUUGAUUAAGAAGAACGAGCGUGAUUUCUGGAAAGCGAUUCCUUUUGUGUUCUGCUGCGUGUUUCUCGGAGAAGCCAUUCCGUUUUUGCUGCUUCGUGGGAUCGUUCCUAGCCCGUGCCUUACUCCUGAGCAAGUGGAAGCAAAGACGAAACGGUUGCAGUCCAUUCGGCAGGAGCUGGGGUUUACUGUGGUUGAGAAGAUCAACGAUGGUGAAUCCGUCGGUGGACAGAACGUCUCCCCUUCAUCCCUGACAACCGACGCCUUCCUCCUCCAACUCGCCAACACGCAACCGCAAUACUUCCACAUCACCCACCUAAAAGGCUCCCAACUGCGCGACUUUAACAAAUACCUCGGCAUCUGGCGCUUCGGCCCGGCUCCGUAUUUGAGACGCGUCCUCCGCCAACAUGAGGAGUAUAUCCGCAGGGACGAUCAGUUGUUGCUGCAGGAAGGGUUUGAGGAUCUAAGUGUGGAGGAGGUGAAGGCGGCUGUUGAUGCGCGGGGGUUACCAUCGGUAGGAAUCUCCGAAUCCCAAAUGCGCGCAGACCUCAAGAAAUGGAUCGAGUUGAGCACGAGCGGGAACCCGGAUGUGCCCUUCUCGCUCAUCCUUCUUGCUGGAGUGGUUAGGACGCAUUUGCAAGGGUCUUUCACUGUGCAGAAUAGGAUAGAGAGUAGGGAGGAGGAGAAGACGGUGGCGGUUGCUAGUGGGUAG